CGUCAGUGAGAGCGUGUGGAGGAAUGUGCCUAAACUUUUCCCUGAGCGCUCCGCGUCUGUGACCGAAAAGUGGCUCAUCGGGACGAAAAACUCGACUAAAGUGGUGCCAACUCGAGCAGGUGCAUCAUGUCUCUGGGGCUGUUCUCGUCUCCGGCGCCGCAGCUCGUGAUGCUCGCCAACGUUGCCGCGGUGACAGCGGAGGUGGGCGGCGCCUCGGGCUCCACGGCGCUCUCCGAGGGGGACGGGGGCGGAGCGAAAGAGAUGAUGGAACUGAAGACGGUGGGGGAGACCUUCUCUGAUGAUGAGGACGAGAACAUAAUCAGAUACAGUUAUGACGAUCAGAGCCAGCGGGAGGUGUGCAUCGUGGAGUACCCAGAAUCCCCCGCGUUCGUCUCCGUCACCGUGGAACAGGAGGAGGAAAUGGACACGCAGGAAGCGGAAAACCACGCCCCGCCCGCCAAGCACCUGACUCCGCCCUCCACCCCCGAGACCGCCCAGAGUCCAGAGAAGAAGAGCAAGAAGAAGCCUUUCCACUGUAAACCCUGCAACUUCCAGGCGAAGACCGAAUCGGAGUUUGUGGAGCACCUGCAGACUCACGCCAUCAGCAAGAUGCUCGUGGUCAAUAAGGUGGAGGGGCGGAGCCACAAGGGAAAGGAGGCGGAGCCGGCGCGCGAGGAACCGGAGAAGACCAAUCAGAACGCGGCGGGGGGCGAGAUCAAGGGGCUGAUCCGCUGCGAGAGAUGUGGAUACAACACUAACAGAUACGACCAUUAUGUCAGCCACCUGAAGCACCACAGCAAAGACCAGGAUCACAGAGUGUUCAAGUGCACGCUGUGUCCCUACACCACAGUGAGUCAGUAUCACUGGAGGAAACACCUGAGGAACCACUUCCCCAGUAAACUCCACACCUGCAGCCAGUGCUCCUACUUCAGCGACCGCAAGAGCAACUACAUCCAGCACAUACGCACGCACACAGGCGUGCGGCCGUUCCAGUGCCCCUACUGCGACUACUCCAGCUCCCAGAAGACCCACCUGACCCGCCACAUGAGGACGCACUCAGGUGAGCGUCCGUUCAAAUGCGAGAGCUGUAAUUAUUUGGCGGCCAAUCAGCACGAGGUCACACGCCACGCCCGCCAGGUCCACAACGGGCCCAAACCGCUGGCCUGCCCCUACUGCGACUACAAGACCGCCGACCGCAGCAACUUCAAGAAGCACGUGGAGCUGCACCUCAACCCUCGCCAAUUCAACUGCCCCCUCUGCAAAUACGCCGCGUCCAAAAAGUGCAACCUCCAGUACCACAUCAAGUCCAGACACGCCGGGUGUGACGUGAGCCUGGACGUCUCCAAGGUCAAACUGAGGGUGAAGAAGGCGGAUUCGGACAGCAGGGGGGACAGGAGCGCCGACGAGGAGUCCUGCGUGGAUCUGGGAGAAGAUGUGGACGAAGACGAAGAGCCAGCGAGACCCAUUAAUCUGUCCAUCAAGAACAAGAAGCCCCAGGAAGAGGCGAAGAAGUCCGGAGACGGUGGGAAGGACCUGGACAGGAAGCUCAAGCAGAAGAAGAUGGAGGACUUUGUGAAGGCGGUGCAAAGGAUGACGCCCAAAAAGAGGAACAAGAAAGCUGACAAGACGCAAGAGAAGUCUGAGGAGAGGAACGAGGAGAGAGCCAAAACGGACGAUGGUAAAGCGACGGGGAAGAAGGACAAGAAGGACGAGGAGAAGGACAAAACGGAGGACGGCAAAGGUGCAGGGAAGAAGGACAAGAAGACAAACAAAGUGUCUUCCGUAAAAGCAGCCAAGAAAGCCAAGACGUCCAAGAGGAAGGUGGCGGAGGUGUUGGACCUGUCCCAAAAAGAGGAACGUCCAGCCAAGGUGAAGAAGGUCAAAGACGCAGAGGAGAAACCCAAAAAGAAGAAGAGCAAAAAGGGAGGGCAGAGUCCAACGGAGCGGGGUUCAGUGGAGGUCCCGAAAGAAGUCCGAGAAGAAGCCUCAACGGUCAACGGAGAACACGUGGAGAACGGCGAGCAGAGAGGUGACCAAGAGGCAGCUCCGGAGGUGGUCCAAGACGUGCCAGAGAAGAUGGACGUCGUACCCGAGGAGACGUCGAAGGAAGCGAGCGAACCUGACACUACCGCGGUACCUGAAAAUGUUCGUGAGCGCUCGCCGGAGAAGGUCGCAGAGGUGGUGGAGGAGCUGACGGAACAGUCCAACCAGAAAGUACAGCCAGAAAACGGAGAGAAGACGACGGAGGUGGAGGUCGUGAACAAACCGUCAAAGAAAGGGGAGAAGAGUCCAAAGAAGUCUGCUAAAAAGAAGGGAGUUUUGGUGGAGGACGUGGCGAAUAAACUGGCUCUGAACAAGGAGUCUGAAAUGGUGCCAAAUGCGGACAAAGUUCCUCAGGUUUUGUUGAAACCUGUGGAAACCGUGGAACCCCUGGAGAAGAUGACUCAGACAACCGUGUCCAAGCAGGAGACGGAGCCCACCACCUCAGAAGGUUCAUCUCCAACGUUCUGGGAGUCCAUGUUCCGAGAAGGUCCAGCCCACUCCUCCACAAACGCCAUCUCCUUCCAAAGAGGUGUUCGUGAAGCCGUCGGGCCGACCUCCUCUGUUCCUCCAGCGGCAGGCGUCCAGCAAACCCACGGAGAGCGAGGAGGACGAGGGCAUCCACGAGGGGGUCCACGAGGGGGCGUCCGACGCGUCCGACAGCGCCUCGGAGUGCAGCGACGACUCGGGGCUCAAGAUGCUGACGCCGACCGACGACGUGCCCACGCCCGCCGAGCUCAAGGCCCACCUCUGCAUCUUCUGCGACCGCACCUUCCCCUUCAAGAGCGACUACCAGCGCCACCUCAACCGCCACCUGGUCAACGUCUACUACAUGGACCACAGCAAGGCCGGAAAGUGACCUCGAGAGUCUCUACAUCUAAAAUAAAACGCGACCUGCCCUUUUAAGAGUUAAGUUUUAAGAGUCUCUACGGUUACACAAACAAGUGACCUGCCCUUUUUUCACAAUGUCCGGAAGUGUCCUGCUUUAGAACUUCCGGUUAAUGGUUUUCUAUGCGUCCGGCGUAUUCUCCACCAGCUUCAUAAAUCUGCCCGAUCACCAAAUCUUCAACCAACAAGGUCCACAAAGAAUGUAUCCACAACUUAUCAAGGUAAAAAAGAUGAAAGUUUAAAGGCGAACAGCAACUAUGUUCCCUCAGCGAUGUGUUCCCUCAUUUCUAAGUUGUUGGGGUUUUUUUUCUUUUCAAAAUUAGGCCCUAUGUUCCAGCAAUUUUCAUCAGAUUUUAUCCCAAUUUCUCCCAAUUUUGUCGUCAAUUCCACCCGACCUUUUCUCCACCAACGCCACACUACAGAUGUAACGUAGAGGUCACGAAGGUUGAAAUGACUCUGAAUUAUCACUCUAAAUGCGGUACAAAAAUAAGAAUGACUUGAAUUUCAAGAUGGGGAAAAGGUCGGGUGUAAUGACGGUAACAAAAAUGUGAGAAACGAGGGAACAUAGUCUCUGUUUGCCUUUAAGUUUUCGUCUUCCUUACCUUCAUAAGUUGUGGAUAAAUUCUUUGCGGUUGAAGAUUUGGUGAUGGGGCAGAUUUAUGAAGCUGCUGGAGAAUACGCCGGACAUUUCCACAGACAUUUUGCCAAAGAAAACCAUCAACGGGAAGUUUCGCAAACCUAAAAUGGGGCACCUUCGGCUGUUGUGAAAAAGGUCUUUACUGUAAGGCAGGGGUGUCAAACUCAUUUUGGUCCGGGGGCUUUAUCCAACCUACUUUGACCCCAAAGUUCAAAUAUUUGUUCAGAGAAAUACAAAUCUAUUACAGAAAUCUUUUUUAAUUGAUGAACUCUUUCUUUUACAAAAUAUUAUGAACAACCUGAAACUUUAAGAAAAAUACAAAUUCAACACAAUAUUUUAACAUGAACUUGUGUGCAAAUAGGAAUAAGUCUAUUUUUCUUGGAAAAUCCUGCACUCGGCUCCACUUUUCUCAUGUUGGACAUUUUUCUGAUGAGAGUUACCAAUAUUUUAAUAGAAAAUAUAAUUAAAAUAUUUUCGAGGGCCAGAUUAAAGGUCUUGGAGGGCCGGAUCUAGCCCCCGGGCCAUAUGUUUGACACCCCUGCUGUAAGGCUUCUUGUUGAUCUGCUUUUUUUAAGAAUCGAUACAGUUCGGCCGACAAGUGACCUUCAAUUAUCAAGCGAAACGUGACCUUUUAUUUGUAAAAAAAAAAAAAAAAUACUAAGAAGACUUAUUUUCUAAUGUACAGUUUCUAAAUCGGUGUCAAAGUGCGUUGAUGUUGCUGCCGUAUCAUUGUACUGUAGAUCAGUUAUCCAGAAUAAGACCCACAGACCUCGUAAACAGGGGUUUGAAUGAGCUAACCACUCUGCCACUGUACUGGACUUGGUGCCUUAUCAAUCAAUCAGUCAAUCAGUCAAUAUGUCAAUUCUUGUGUAAAUAAAAAUAAAACCUGGCUCUGAAA